AUGGCGCACAAGCUGAGCCUCUUUGAGAAAACGGUCAACGCGGCGUUCGAGGACGGCUCCGCGCCUCUGGUGGAUGGCUACGCUCCCUUCUGCAAGCACGUUUUUGUGCCAAACUUUACGCCCGCCAAAGUCUCCGCCCUCGCCAUCUCGAAGGAGAACGAGGCUCUGCUGCGGAGCGCCUACGAGGCGAGGACGGAGCAGGAACUUCCAGUGCUCGCGCGCUGGUUCCCGAAGGAGGCGGUGGGUGAGCCGCCGGUCGCCAAGUUCCUGGACGUUAUCCUCUACUCUCGCGAGCAGAUUCGCAAGGAGGCGACGGCGAUGGGCCGCCCGGAGGAGCUCGAGGAGGACGCCCCGUGGGGUAUCAUCUCCGUCAAGCCGCAGGCGCGUAGUAGCGCCGACUUCCGACCCGCUUGCACGCGCCAUCAGAAUCUCUCUCUGCUUGCAGCGGCCACGCCUCGCCCGCAGGACGUGGACUACGAGCUGCCGAUGCAGCCAAUCACGAUGAUGCGCAACACGAUGGUCGAGGAGGGCGGCUCCGGCGUGCCGCUCGAGCGCGAAAAGUACAUUGCAUCCGUCGAGUUUUGGGCCGGGCACGCCCUUAUCAAGUAG